AUGCUUCGUCGUGCAGCAAGAGAAAGGCGUCAGUUUAUUUAUAAAAGAAAUAAAGAUCUUCAAGAAGCCAAGUUGAAUGAAAAAAGACGCUCAUUGAGACAUGCUAUAGAUAACAACAAGGAACUCAAUAAGGAUCUUCAACAAGACACUCAAUUGCAGAAAGAUUACCAAUACGAUGAAAGCAAAGCAGCUCAGGAUGAAGAAUUAGGAAUUGACGAUGAAUAUUACAGUCUGGGUGAACGGGAACCAAGAGUCUUGGUCACCACAAGUCGUGACCCGUCGUCGCGUCUGGCCCAAUUCGCCAAGGAAAUGCGUCUGUUGAUUCCCAAUUCAUUCCGUUUAAAUCGUGGUAAUAUUGUUGUAGGGAGUUUGGUGGAGGCUGCUCGUGCCAACGACAUCACUGACAUUGUCCUUUUGCAUGAACAUCGAGGUAUCCCAGACAGCAUGGUCAUCUCACAUCUUCCUUAUGGUCCUACCGUUUCUUUCUCUCUUCAUAAUGUCGUUCUUCGCCACGACAUCCCCAAUACGGGUACAAUGUCUGAAGCUUAUCCUCAUUUAAUCCUUGAAAACUUAACCUCAAAGCUGGGCGAACGUGUCAAAAAGGUUUUGUCCUCUCUAUUUCCCCCGGAUCCUAAAGAAACUUCGCCAAGAGUCGUUACUUUUUCCAAUUCCGACGACUAUAUUAGUUUCCGCCAUCACUUGUACGCGAAGACCGGCCCGAAACAAGUAAUUCUUUCAGAGGCAGGUCCCCGUUUUGAGAUGCGCUUGUACGAAAUUCGAUUGGGUACUUUGGACAUGCUCGAGGCCGAUGUUGAAUGGAGACUCAAGCCUUAUCAACGCCAUAAGCGUCAAGUUUUAGCCGAGUAA